AUGGAGGGAUACCAUGCAAAUGAGAAUGACUUUGACGCAUUGAAAUGGGCAGCAAUCAUGACUGGAGCUGCAACGGAUUUUCUUCCUACAAAGGAAAAGAUUGAAGAGGGAGCAAAAUUCAAGGAGCUUUUGGAUAAGGCUUUGACCAUGGACGGGAAAGAAUUUUCCCUUUUGUACAUGCGUGGAAGGUAUUCGUAUGCUGUUGCGAAUCUCUCUUGGUUUGAAAGAAGGGCAGCUGCUAUGCUCUACUCUACACCACCCACUGCCACUUUGGAAGAAGCUUUGGAUGAUUUUCUAGCAGCUUAUGAACAAGCGCCAAACUGGAUAGAAAAUCUGAUUUGUAUCGCACGAGUUUAUCUGGCUAAAAAUGAUAAGGCAAACGUCAAGCUAUACUGCAACAAAUUGCUUGCUCUUACACCAACUGAUGAUGAAGAUCGAGAUCGACUGCAAGAAGCCAAGGGCAUGUUGGCUCAAUGUUAG